GGAAGGGCGUGUAGAAGGCGGUCUAAGGGCUGUGAAGCUUGUACUCAUGAAAAGUGCUGGACUUGUUGCGCUUUACUCACAUGAACUCGCAGCGUUUUCUCACUUGAACUGUUUACGUUUUAUGUUGAAACGUUAAGUCUUCGGUGUUAAGUUAGGGAACGUUUUAAAGUAAAAGCAAGGGGAAAUGCAGGUGAUUAGAAUGGGCUUUGCAUUAGACUUUGUAUUGUUCUGACCACUGUGGAUUAUUGAGGGACGGCACUCACUGUGCACGACUUUUGGCAUCUAUAUCUCUACUAGGACUAUUGGGAGAUUAUAUUUAGUGAUCGAUUGGAAAAUGGGGAGUAAGACACUUCCGGCCCCCAUCCCACUGCAUCCGUCCCUCCACCUUUCCAGCUAUUCUUUCUUACAGGCUGCAAGUAGGCAUAAUUUAUCUCACCCUGCAGACCACUUUCAAGGACUCUAUGGCUUUAGAAAGGUGCAGACAAUGCAAAUGAACCACUGGACUUUGGGCUACACUCACAUGCAGGAGCUAGGAUCAACCAACACUGGAAUGUCAACUGCACAAGGCCUUGCGGAUCUUCAAUUCUCGCUCCCUGCGUUGCCCUUUACUGCACACUUCUUCCAUCCUAAACAAGGAACUAUAAGUCAAGUAAUUCCGACCCUACACAAAGAUAGACCCCGAUUUGACUUUGCUAACCUUGCCAUUGCAGCUACACAAGAGGACCAGUCCAAGACAGAUAACCUGCUGAAGCUUACAGCAGGUCUCGGAGGCCAUAGCUCAGACUUCAAUAAACUCUCACCACACAGAAAGCCCUCACGCGGAAGGCUACAAACGAAGACCAAAAAGGAAUUCAUAUGCAGAUUUUGUGGAAGAAAUUUUACGAAAUCCUACAACUUACUUAUACAUGAGCGCACACACACAGACGAAAGGCCUUACACCUGCGACAUCUGCCAAAAAGCUUUCAGAAGACAGGACCACCUCCGUGAUCACCGAUACAUCCACUCCAAGGAGAAACCGUUCAAAUGUCAAGAGUGUGGAAAGGGAUUUUGUCAAUCACGCACUUUGGCAGUUCAUAAAACUUUACAUAUGCAGGACUCUCCUCACAAAUGCCCCACAUGCGGAAGAACCUUUAAUCAAAGAAGUAAUCUGAAAACUCACCUUCUUACCCAUACAGACAUCAAGCCCUACUCCUGUGAGCGCUGCAGAAAGGUGUUUCGGCGCAACUGUGACCUGCGACGCCAUAGUUUGACGCACACGCUUCACCAGGACUAGCAACUAGGGAAAAAAAAAUCGUCGUUGCACAUAGAAAAAUUACCAACUGACAUUUGUGGGCAAAUUACUGCGUCAGAACUUGAGAUGGAGAGUAUAGAUGGAAGAACAUCUCCAAAAGCGGUUACUGAAGAUGAAUGAAUACUGUACAUUAUAUAAACCGUGUAAAAUGCUUGUUGCUGGAUGCUUGUUGAAUGAAAUGGAAAUAAAGUUUCAUGUCAAUGUGGUUAUCUACUUCAGGACAAUUCUUAAGAGAUUAUUAAACCAGUUAGGUGAACUAACUAUUUCCCCUAUGUAUUAUUUUAUUGUCGUGAAAGCCUUGAACAGGAUUGUGAAUGCAUUCUAUGUACUCUGUAAGACCAGAUAAAUCUCGUUGCGCUUAAAAAUUGCUGGAAAAAAGUAAAGUAUUAAUGCACAAAUAUGUCUACGUUGAGGUAUACAUAAGCUAGGAAAUAGCACUGCAUUGAGUUUUGGGUGCAACAAAGCAGCUUCGCAUUAUAUGGUGGAAUUAUUUAUAUACACGGUUAGGAGUAGAUGUAUUAGGUCUACUUCUAAUAAAGUUGUUUCCAACACAG